UGGUGUCGCAACAACAACCUUGCACUCAACAUCAGUAAGACCAAGGAAUUGAUUGUGGACUUCAGGAAGUGUUAGUUGGGAGAACACACACCAGUCUUCAUUGAGGGGUCAGCAGUGGAAAGGGUGAGCAGCUUCAAGUUCCUGGGCAUCAACAUCUCAGAGGAUCUAUCCUGGGCCCAACACAUUGAUGCAUUGAUGAAGAAGGCAUGCCGGUGGCUCUACUUCAUUAGAAAUUUGAGGAGAUUUGGUAUGUCACCAAAGACUCUUGCAAAUUUCUACGGAUGUACAGUGGAGAGCAUUCUGACUGGUUGCAUCACUGUCUGGUAUGGAUGACAAGAGGCUGAAGAGGAUUGUAGACUCAGCCAGCUGCAUCACGGGCACAACCUUCCCCACCAUCAAGGACAUCUUCAAGAGUUGGUGCCUGUAGAAGGUGGCAUCCAUCAUUAAUGAUCUUCACCAUUUAGGACAUGCCCUGCUCACGUUACUGUCAUCGGGUAGGAGGUACAUGAGCCUGAAGACCCACACUCAACAUUUCAGGAACAGCUUCCUCCCCUCCACCAUCAGAUUUCUUAAUGGUCCAUGAACCCAUGAACACUAUCUCUUUAUUCCUCUUUUGCACUAUUUAUGUUUGUAACUUAUAGUAAUUUUUAUAUCUUUAUAUCUUGCACAGUACUGCUGCUGCAAAACAACAACUUUCACGACAUCUGUCAUUGAUAAUAAACCUGAUUCUGAUUCUAAAAUAAUAUAAUUGUUCUGAGGGUACAUGAUACCCUCAGGUGCUAACUAUCAGGGGAGGGGAAUGGUGAGGGAUGCCUGGUUAGAAGCAAGAAACCUGUGAAGGAAGCACAGCCAGAAAUUGAGGAGCAUUCCGUCUAAUAGUGGAAUGGUUGGGGAAUUGCCUAUGAGAGGGAAGGAGCCACGCCAGUGAUAGGCGUGGGUAAUUGACGAGCAGGGUGGAAGCGACUGACGGAUGGUGGUGGGGUGGGUGCAGCAGACUGCCGCACUUCAAACUACCUCAAUGUUGAGAGGCGGGGGAGUGUGGCCAGGCAGUGGGCGUGGCCGUCAGUGGGCGUGGUAGCUGGUGAUUGACGGGCGGGGCUGGGCACUGGCACGGAUGAUUGACAGCCGGGGCCGGGGCAGAGACUUUCACUUCGAUCGGCGCUCCGUUGCUGAACGGAGAGGGAGGGGUUGGAGAGAGAGAGAGAAAAUAAAUCAAUCAAUCUGUGACUGAGACACACUGAAAAUAUGCAUGCAGCGGACGGUUGCAGUUAAUUAAUUAGCUGUUUGUGUCUUGUGUGUUUUGUUUUUUGGGUGGCGGGUGUUGCGUUAACUUGAUGAAGAUGAAGGUGCUGAUGAAGCUGCCCGACCCUGAAGAGGAGGAGGAGGAGGACGAAGAGGAGGAGGAGGACGAUGACGACGAGAAAGAAGAGGACAACGACGACGAGGAGGGGGUGAAAGCGGUUCCCGCCAUGCCGCCGCUGCCGGAGCCGCAGAAGGAGGCGGUUUACGAGUGGUUCAGCUCGGCGCUCACGUCGGCGCAGCGGCUGGAGUUCUGCUGCGGCCUGCUGGACCUGUGCCACCCGCUGGAGCUGCGCUUCCUCGGCAGCUGCCUGGAGGACCUGGCCCGCAAGGACUACCACUCGCUGCGCGACUCGGAGAUCCGCGCCAACAGCGCCGCCGACCUGGCCGCGAUCGGCGACGUGACGGACGAGGUGGUGCGCAGCAAGCUGGUGGUGUCGCUGGCGCUGCUGGGCUCGGAGAACCGCGAGGCGGCCGCCGUCCUGGCCCGCGCCCUCGGCCGCAUCGACUCGGUCAUCCGCAACUACGGCCUGCAGCUGACGGAGCGCGGCGUGCAGGAGUUCCUGCUGCUGCUCACCAUGGCGUCCAACCACCCGGCCUUCUCCUUCCACCAGAAGGAGACGCUGCGGGAGCAGCUGGCCGGCCUGCAGCGGCGGGGACCCGCCAACGGCCGCAAGUUCCAGAACACCGUCGCCAAGGAGCGUUUCUCCAGGAAAAACUAUUCUUUGGGGACAGAGAAUCAUUUCUAUGAGAGGGCUCCUCCAUCUUCCGAAGAAGGGGCAGAAGCAAUCACCCAGCGACCAGGAGUGCAGAUUGAAAGUAUUACCUUUAAGAAUGUAUCAAAAAAGAGACCAGAAAACUUCUGGGAGUACACUUUUGAUGUUAUUCGAACUGAUCUCUCAACGUGUACUGUGAGAAAAACGCACCAUGAUCUCCAGGAGUUUUUAACUAAACUUCCCAAGGAUCUUUCUAUUGAUGCUUUUGGCAAGACUGUUUUGCGGGCAUUCAGUCACAGUUCUCAGACGAGAGAAGACAGGAAGCACUCUGAUUUAGAGUCAAUCGUAAGGCAACUGUUCUUGUCACCACCUCGCUCUUUCUUAAGAAGUGAGCAUGUUUAUGAAUUCUUUGGGAAGUCUUCUGACCACAGUCAGUAUCACAAGCACUUCAAAGAAGACAGUUCUGAAGCUUCCAGUCAGGAAGAAGAUGGGAAGCAGCAAACAAUUCAUUACAAAAACAUGGGGAAAGCUAGAGGCGGCAGUGUCCCUAGUGUAAAACCUCCAGGGGCUGGUGUAGGUUUGCAGCACUCCGAACAGAAUGGUGCACUGGACUGGAGAAAAAGGAGCUACAACACAAAACACAGCACUGAACACUGUACAGCAGUGAUGGAGCAUUGUUUGAUAGAAGAUAAAAGAAAUACUGCAUCUGGGAAUAAAAAGCUGAACACUCACAUGGAUGUUAAAAACAAGGUGGACCGUGGCAAUCAAAGGACACCUGUUGGUAACGGCAUACUCAGAAUUCCUCCUGUGCAUCGCAUGUGGACUGCAUCAGGAAAAGAUUCCGACAGCACUUCAGAGGAUUCUGGGAAGGAUAGGCAGAAAGAGCGUCCCGCUUGUAACUCCUCCCGUGGAUCUACCAGCAGGCCAACCGCUCAGGUCGCACCAGUGCAGAGUGAGACUGGUACUAUUCCUGGAAAUCCACCAGCCCCUUUGCUUCCUCGCAUUCCUGUGAUGCCUCCAAUACACUACAUGAUGCAGAACGGUGGAGCCAAACCAGACUAUGUUGCUCCAGUAGAUGGUAAAGCUGUGGGGAUGAUUGUAACUGUCCCUCCUGCUGCCGUCUCUCUUCGAGAUUCUUCGCAUGUAACGUCAGUUGGUGCUGCAGAAGCGGGGAAGAGAUUAGACCUAAUGCCCUCACCUCUGUCUGUGGCAACUCCUUUCCUUCUGCAGGCUGCUGGUCCUGCUUUACAUCCAAUGGUGCAUAGACAUAAAAUGACAGCACCACCGAUUAAUUUGGAGAACUGCCAUGUUCCUGGACCCCAGCCACCAGCAGGCACUGUGAACAUUGGGUCGGCCAACACUGCCUUCAUCCCAGUUCACAGCCAUUCUCCAUCCGGGAAACUUCCAGCAUCUUCUGUUUUAGAUCCGACCGCUAAACCUUCAACACAGAACCUAGCAGGACUGAACACCUUGUUGCCUCAGACUGAUGGAAGUAUAGCAGCAGCACCUGAAUCUGCCAAUUUAAAAGUAAUGCUUCCUGCUGCUGCGCUGCCGCCGCCGCCACCACCUGGUUCAUACAACUUGAGUGGAACUCCAGCCAGUGUUUUGCCUUUACAGGGAACAGCAAACUCACCAUCUCCUGUAGGUCAAAGCCAGUCCACUGGAUCUUCAGUUCCUACCCACACUCCAGGCCCUGUACCAAGUCUCAAUACUGCAUUAACUCAUAGCACAGCUCAGAGUGAUAGCACCUCUUAUAUAAAUACAAUAGGAAAUACUAGUACUAAUGGGACCAUUCAACAAGCUCAGCAGGUUGCUUGUGGGGCUUGUAGUUCUUGUGGGUGCCGAGGUAGCUGUGGGACCAAUAGUAAUCCACUGUUUAAUUACUACUAUCCUAGCACGAUACCUAGCCAGUUUAUCAGAGUUCCAUUGAUCCCUUUAAGUGGGAUGACUUCUCUUUGUAAUGGUAGCUACCUCAACCAAGCACAUCAAAACAAUGGAACCCAGAUGCCCUUUUAUCAGAAUCCUUACACUAAUGGACUAAUGCAUGAUCCUAUGGCAAAUCAGACAAACUAUGGGAUGCAACAAAUGCCAGGAUUUAUCCGAGGAUUUCCAUUAAUGUACCAAGUGGCCAACAUGGUCACCAAUGUUAAUGGGUUAGGACCUAAAAAGAAUGGAACUGCAUCUUGUUAUAACUGUGGUGUAGGUGGACACCAUGCACAAGACUGUAAACAGCCAUCCAUGGAGGCCAGUCAACCAGGUGCCUUCAAGUUAAAGUUUGCCCCACCUCGUGAUUUGGAUUCAGCCGACUAAGCUAGAAAAUUUGUCAUCGCAGCAAAGAACCUGAUAAUGUGGGUUUGACCCUAACCACACACUUGAUGCUCUUUUCAUCCAGCAAAAAACUAAAUGGUUUUCUCCAUUUGUUUGGCAUUAGUACGUGGUCACUGAAGUCUGGAUUGCCUUGAACUUAUUGUGGCAUUUUGUUUCCUAUGAACAUGUCUUCACCUGUUUUGGCUACAGUGUUCCUGAAGCAAACAGAGCAGUUUGUGUAAUGUCCUAGAAAUGCUUACAAUAAUGACCUCUGGUUUUGCACUGAUGAAUGUAUUGUACCAAGUGGCACGUGCAAUGUUCAUUGUAAUAAUUUAUGGCAGUGUUUCAGAAUCUACCUGUCCAGUAGACACUGAGCUGGAAUGAGCAGACAUGCUGCCAGUUGAAAUGCUAGGUCACAUCUUGCAUCAUGCUACGUCUUUUGUCUGCAUCAAAUUCUCUUCACGUUUUGAGUUUCAUUUGUUCUCGUUUAAUAUUAUUUUAUCCUCUCAGUUUAUGUAGAGCCAACUCCACUUCCAAAAAUAGAUAUGAAUUUAAAAGUACUUUGGCCUACUGGAAAAAGAAUAAAUUUAGGCAUUGACAUGGAUAAUACCUUUUAUAUUGAUUUUUGAAGAAAAAGUUUUGGAAAAUUGAGUGCCUGUAAUAAUCUUGAUUUUUUAAAAAAUAACAGGAAACACUUUUCAAAAUUAUCUGCUUAGUGUUUUUUUGUCAGUAGAGCUUAGCAACAUACAGAUUUUAAAACAUUUUAUUUAGAGCAGCAAAUUCCUAUUACUUUAACUUUAGGUGAUAUUUAUUGUGACUGUUUGAAUUUGACAAUGUGUGAAUGUUUUUUUUCCCCCCCCUUAAGACUUUGGGUAGAAUAUUGAACAGCCACACCUCUUUUCUGUGAACCCCCUACUUCAUACUGUACCAUUUAAGCAACAUUGGAAGUUACUUGAUUCUUUUCUAAAGAAAAAAAACUUUAAGCUAGAACUUAAUGUAGCAGUGUUUACUUGGCUUUUAGAAUGUAAAACAAAUUUUGUUUUGCUUGGUAAUACAAAAAGCGUACAGAUUUCCAGGAUUAGAGAAACCACUGUUACAUAUUUAUUUUCGGUAGCCUAAGUUCUGCAAAAUUGGCACAGUACUGAAUUUACCAUUUCACAUGCAUUUGCCACUACUACAAUGUGAAGACUGACGCUCAAUAUUUGUAGAUGGUAUAAAUCAUGUCAGCAAUGUCCCUAAUUUAUGCUGCUGCUUUUUUUUAAAGAGAGAAAAAGCCAAUAUGCACUAUUUCUGUUUCUGGGUUUAUUUCUUAAAAGUGCACUGACAUUAUUCACAAGAUGAUGGCAGUUUUUGAGGGUUGUGGCAUUUUGCUGCAAAGUUUGCUGCCUAAUCUUGUUGGCAUUCCUUUAACAUUAACUUUAAUGGAAAUAUACAGAGCUAUGAUAUUGGCGUGCAGCAGUCUGCUUUUUCUGUAAAUGCAUUGUCCUCUUGAGUGGAUUGAUGUACUUUGUUGACUUGAAAACGAGCAACAGUGUCAUAGGAUUUGAAUGUGUUUUGUAGGAUCUUAAAAGCCUUUGUCUUGUCUUAAAGCCCCAGUGUCAACAAAAUGCUUAUACAUAUAUAAAAGAAGAAAUAUUGGAGCUGACUUAAUCUGUCUCUGGUUAUUCUAGUUGAGCUGCUUUGAGUAGCUAGACCUUGUGUACAGGGCAGCGACCUGAAUUAUUUCUUGCAUGUUUUUCUUAAAAAAAAGAAACUGCCACCUGUGUGAAUCAAUUAAUAACUAAUUUUCAAAUCUCCAGAUGAAGUGUGGCAAUUAAUUUUCUUAAAGCACAUUUCUUUUACUUGGAUUUUUGGAUGACCAAUUGAAUACAAAUUAAUUAUCUUGGUGUGACUGUGCUGUUAGUUAAAAUUAGAAUGAGAGACUGGGAAACCACGCGAGCCUGUAAGAUGAUGUGUUCUAAAUAACUUGGUUGUAUUAGAACUAAUUUUAUGGUUUAAAAACUGUACUGUAUAUAGGAGGUAUAUCGCUACCUUCAGUUUGUUCAUUUGUUUACUGGUAUUCUUUGAUAUUCAAGAUGUUAUGUACUGGAAAGGUCACUUAUAUUUCUAGAACAAUUUUUGGAUUUUAUGCAACUUUUUCCCCUGAAUUAAUAGCAAUA